GGUAUUGUAUUAUUGACUGCCUAUGACCAGCAACCCAGCCGGCGGGGCUAGCAACAAUCCUGCAGAAAAUAACCAUCCCGUGCCCGACUGUUGCGGAGGCCUCGGCAACGUCGACUACUCCAAGAUGGACUUGAAGGUGUUUCAGGAAGUCUUAAAAUAUGUCAACUUUCACGAUUCCAACUUCCACAUUGCUGUGCUUGCAAUUAUUUUCAACCCGCUGUUCUGGAAUUUGGUAGCAAGAUGGGAGCACCGGACACAGAAACUCUCCAAGAUGUUUGGAAGCCCCUACCUCGCCUGUUACUUCCUGGGCUUCGUUAUCCUCCUCCUCAAUGUGUACCGCAGCCACAGCAUAACUGUAGUGAUGAGGACCCAGGCCAGGUGGAACAUACUCGACAGGAAUGAGGUCUUUAACCUGGGUGUGCUUCUCAUAGCUGUGGGCUCUCUGCUUGUAGUAAGCAGCUUUCUCGCUCUGGGAUUCACUGGGACGUUCCUUGGUGAUUACUUUGGCAUUCUGAUGGAUGAGAAGGUGACGGGCUUUCCCUUCAGCCUCACAGAGAACCCCAUGUACUGGGGCAGCACUGCUAACUGCCUUGGCUUGGCACUUAUAGGUGCAAGUCCGAUCGGUCUUGUCUUGACUGCAAUCGUAGCCCUGGUCUACAAGAUAGCAAUACGAUUUGAGGGACCUUUCACUGAACAAAUCUAUCAGCAGAGGACGCGCAAAGGUAAAUAAUCGCAUCCUGUUGGGUUGUGGGAGGAUUCCCUUCUGAUCAAGAGGACCUCAAGAUUGGAUUAUUGAUUAUUAAACCACUUCCAGUAAGAAGCUUCUUACACUCUUCUAUACAGUGACCGUUGCAUAGUUUGUUUGUUUUUUAAAAUGUAAAUCACAUUUUAUUGUCAAAGGUACGCAUGGGAAUGUUUAUUAAUACUGUAGAAAAGAUUAAAACUCCAAAUUACCUAUUAAUGAUGCAGCCAGGAAGCCUUUCCAGUAGAAUUUUAAAAAAUGAGUCAAAAUUAAUUUUCUCAUGGAAAGUUGAAGUGAAAUAUUUUUCUAAAAACAAUAAAAUGUAAAAAUAAAGAGUAAUCAAGACUGUGAAGAUAAAAAAAGAAGAUACAAACUGGGUUUUUUUGGGUUUUUUUAUUUCCUUUUUUUGUAUUAGCGUCGAUAAUUAAUUGUUGAGACUGUCUCCCAAGUUUUAAGGGUGUUGUAAAGAUCAUGGUUUUACAGGGUGAAAAAAAAAAAAGUAUUACAUGGUUUGCAGUUUCUUUUGCACGCCGAGUUUAGAAGAAUUAAGAGUUAGGAUUAAGAGUCCAAAUUUCCAGUGCAUUAAAGCUCUUCUUUUACAGAGCAAGCAUGUGCUGUACCCGCAAUAUAUUAAAAAGAUGCUCAUCUGUUGACCCUUAGAUAAGUACACACGCAUGAAUAUAUCCCUUCACACUGGAGGUGGUGUUAA